GACCGACCACCACUGGACUGCUUGUUCUCAAUUGAUAUAACUCUUCUUUUUCAUUCAAUUCGUAGUUUUAAGAAUCAGAUGAAACUUUUAAUGUGAUACUGUAACACCUCUCGAUCAAGUACAUUAAGGUCCAUUGUGCUGAUGGAUAACUACACAAACUGACCAUGAGAAAUUGAGGCUUAAGCACCUGCAGUGUAAAGGUUUUAACAUCAAGGAGCUGUUUCAUUUAAGGAGAUGUUGGAAGAUCUGAAAGCUACCACUGCAGCCUGUUCAGCUUUUGAACAGCAUCGCUUCAAAAGCCACCUCUGUGUUCACUGCUUCAAGCCCAAGUUGGCUCAUGUAGAGAAAGUCGACAAGAAGAUGGAUACCACAAAGAUUCUCGCCCUUGACAACAACAUCAACAAUGUGCAAGAGCAUGAUGGGAAGGCUGCGAAGCAGCAGAAGUAUGACAUUCCCAAAGUCAUCAUUCGCAACCAGAAUAACCUCCAGAAGGAUGUGAAAGGGCGGGGCGAGAGACAGGCUGAAAGGAAUAACAGGAAGAGGGGUAAAGAGAGAACUAAAGAAUCGUUACCCCACAAUGCAAAGCGUGAUGCGACGAGUAAAGCCACAAAGAAUGCCUUGACCUUCAACAUCCCUUGUGAAGCAGAAUGCCCGUCUGGUUUGGACAACACGGUAUCAUCUAGAAAUGAAUCGACACAAGCUGGGAUAAAGAGCUCUGAAUCAUGUUCAGAGAAUGGAAGCAUCAACAUCAAUGUUGGACAGGGACAGGAGACCAAUGGCAAUAUCUACCCGGAUAACAACCCAUCAGACAGCGAGCUAGAGCUGAGUGGUAGUUACAGUGAGCAGUAUAGGCGAGCAUUGCGCCCCGUACAGAAGGCAGGAAACCCGUCUAAGACCAGAGGCAGGAGCCGCCAUGAUCCAGAGCUCCCAGAGUUUGUGAAAGUCGCCAAAAAUCUUAGACACAUUCAGAGCAUGGGGAAUACUUCUUCAGCAGAGGUUCAUAGCAGCAAUAACAACAACCAUUCUGUUAUCGAGACAGAAGAGAUGCUCCCAAAUCUGCCUGACUUGCCAAACGUGGUUGGAAGUGAUGCCAGUGUAGAGGAGCUACAGAAAUUAGUGGAUUCCAAAUCCAAUCUGCCUAUGAAUUUUGUCAUGAACUCUCAGUCUACGCUGACAGGUCACGAGACUCUCCCAAAGUCCGUAGGAAAGUCAAGGCCAUCUAUAAAGCCACUCACAAAACACAUAAGACAGACUUCCGAUCCGGAGGUUUUCAUGCCAUCUACGAACAAAAAAAUUGUGGUAAACGUCAGCACUUCGACAGGAGAAAACAUGAAAGAUGUGAAGACUGAGAAUGUAGUGGUGAGAAACAGCCAGCUCAGUUCAGAUGUUUAUUUUGGCAAGCCUCCGGUCACGUCUCCCCAGAAACAUGCAGGCGACGAUGAACAACAAGAUUUGACAUCCCGAUAUGGACAUAUUGCAGAUUGUGUCACAAUUAUUUCACAGAGUGGGGAGGUAUCUCAUCGCUAUGAGAUAGACAAAGGAGACAGUGGUAGUGCUGAGAUGGAUAAUGGUUCAGGUUCCCAGUCUCCUACAGUGAGAACAAAACCCUACAGGGUUGUAGAUUUGAAUGAUAAUCAGGCGAAAAAGUCAAGCAGUAAUGGUACUUCAUCAAAUAGUGGUAGGAUGUCUCAUGAACUAGAUGAAGGUCUUGGAUUGAUCCAGCAGGAGGAUGGUGGAGCUAGCACCUCAAUGGAUCCAUCAAGUCGCUACUCAAGGAGAAAUGUUGCUCUUGUUGAUGGCAUCUAUACUGCAUCUCAGUUGAACACAGACUCUGGUAUCAACGAUUCCAUGGAAUCCAGUGAUUCUAGUGAUGCACCAAAGCACGAAACACCGCCUGCACAGAGCAGUAAAAGAAAUACGCCACCAUACCCUAUCAUUCUUCAUGAUGAACAGCCUCCAGAUAAUAGAAAAAAUAAACGAAAUUCAGGACAGUAUAAGGUUCCAAUAUUCAUUAUGCCAAAGGCGUUCAACAGCUCAGAGUGCGAUGGUACCAAAGAUAGUAAUGGUGGUGAGGUAGAUGCUCAAGUACUGCAGGGUCUUAAUCAAAGCGUUGAUUAUCUCCAGCCUAAAGAGAAAUCAAGUGAAAAGCAAGUUACCGCUCCAAGCAGAGAGGAAACUGCUAAGAAUGAAAGUUCACAGAAUCUACUGGAGUCAAAGAGAGUGUCAAUGAGUGAUGAGACAUUAAGAGAAACCAGGAGACCAUCUCGAUCAAGGUCAAAAACUCAUCCAGUCUUGGAGGAGGAAUUGUCAAAUGGUUCGAGUGGGAAAGACCCAGAUAUACCAGAUUUUGGUCAGACUAGGCUUAAGAGGGUGGCUCCAAGGCCCCCAUCGAUGGAACUCACUGAGCAGAACUUUGGUAGGGAGAGGGAUGACAGGCUGGAUAGCUUGCCCCAUCGUUCCCCGCCCCCUCCCCCUCAAAACAAAAAAGAAAAGAAAAAAUCAAUAGACAGAAGUUCCUCAGACCUAUCGGAUGACAAUGACAGAUCAUCAUAUCCGCAGGCAUCCAAUACUGACAAACUUAAGGUAGAAACUCGCAUUAGUGGGAGCUCGGGAAGGGGUGAUGAAGUAAGAAGAGAGAUGUCCCCCACGAGACACAGAGACAUGUCUCCUCUUAGAAAUCAACAUGAAUCUAGAAAGGCAACUCCAGUCAAGAAAGAGAGUAAUUUUCGAGCGAGGCUCCGGGAGUUUUCUCCUACCGGACGAAGGGAGCUGUCACCGGUGAGCAGAGGGAAACAGAAGGAGAAUCAACCCAGUGCCCCACCUAUGAGACGAGUGGCCUCUCCUCCACCUCCUCUUAACAGGCCCCAGCAACUUAACCUCCCUAACACAUCGGCCACACAGGAUGCACCUGCUGUUACCACAAAGUCUAAACGAUCCAAGUUGCCAUGGAAGAGGAAGAAGAAGCGAAAUGAUUCUGGCAGCCCGGAGAGGGAAUUCAACUCGGAGGAGGUGGAGAAAUGGCUUACGAGUUCAUUCUGUGCUCCUGCUGCUCCGCCAGCAGUCAAUGACUCCCAUCCAAGGAACUCGCUGGAGCGCCUGGAAGUCAUCAACGCAUACAGGGGGCAACCAACGGUGGCUAUCAAACAGGCAUCCCAAGCUACUACCAAAGCUGCAUCUCCUGCCACACCCGGUACCAAUGGGACCACACCCACAGCCACCACACCCACCACCGCAACCAAUCACAACAGGAAUAGCCUCGUGGAGAGCGAAGACGAUGAUGUAACCAGAAGUGGAGGGAAGCGAAGGGCACCCAAACCACCUACACCCCUACCAGACUUCCAGGAUGAAGACAAUAGUGAAGAUCCAGCCCCACUCCAGAAAUCCUACUCUCUGUCUCCUACCAGUAGAAGGAAGAGCAUACCAGAGGAGGAAAAUCACCUCUAUGAAAAUUUGGGUGCCAAUCGAGCCAACAUAGCCCCUCAGAAGCCAGCUAGGAGGAGACAACGGAACAGGACCACAGGUUUUGAGGACUUGCCGUCUCGCGUCAAGCGUAUGGCCCCAAAGACUCCAGAGAAACCAACCCCUGGCGACACAGGAGACGAUGUCAUCGACGGAAACGGUGCUAAGCAACUGGUGUUUGAUGACAUCCAUCUCAGUUCCUCCCCUCCUCUGAAGUCUGCUCUCAGAAGCACACAAUCAGAACCACUCAGGACUGAUGCUGAAGGGAAAGUGGUUCCAAAGCGUCCAGUCAGAAUCAUCGCUCCGGAAGAUGCAGCUAUUGAUACCCAAUCGCAUUCCACCGUCCUCCGAAGUGACUAUACAAACCUGGCUCUGGUUCCACAAGUGCAUCUGGAUGAUACAAUCCACAAGGACGCAGAAACCCAAGUCGACGACAGUCCUCAAAGGGUAGAGCCAUCUCUCGCAGAUGCUCGAUGCAGUUUGAACCCGCUGAACAGUUCAUCCCUUGAUCAGUCUAGCCAGCGCAAUCUUCUCAAUGAUGUCAGUGCUGUCCAUCGUCAAGCCUUGACUCAACUCUCAAGGACUACACCAAGAACACCACUAGACUGGACAGAGUGUGAGGACUCGGUCUGGAAGGAGCAGGCCACAUCAGAGCCACAGUGUCGUUCAGCUGGGGCAGCAUUCUUUGGUGUAAGACAUCCAACCAACCCUUCCUCUCCUGCAGGCCUACUGGUGUGUUGUGAUCCUAACAAGGCAACUCAGGUGCUGCAAAUGGCUGAAAUGACCAAAUCAAUGGCAACCCAUCCCAACCUCAUCUCAGUGUCCCAUGCUACCAAAGACACUAUCACCAUCGAUCCUUCACUCUUUGAGCAAAGAAAAACCAGGAGCUCUCCUCUUACUGGUGGAUCCAUUGAGACAGCCUUGGUCCUCACGGAUGAUUUACCGACUGGGAAUGUUGCAGAGUAUGUCUCUCAAAAUACCGAGAAGCAUGAGCACUUACCAGAGGUCUAUGAGCGAGAUGUUGCUUUGAUGCUGCUGCAAUUGUGCCAGGGACUGUGUGAGCUUCAGUCACGCAGCAUGUGCCUUGAGAGCCUAAAGCUUGACCACCUCUUACUGACUGAGAGUGGCCUUCCAGGUGGAGGACAUCGUCUAGUCAUCAACCACUUGAUGGGUGCGGAGGUGGUUUCUCCAGCGAGGACAGACGAGAAGGAGGUUGCAUCCAAGCUGGAGCAGAAAUGCCAUGAGUUUGAUGUUGGAAUCCUGAUCUUUGAGUUCCUUCAUCAGCCAAACCCUUUCUCCACCAGGACAAGUUUGAUCAUCUCGGAUUACACUGCGGAUGAUCUUCCUGGUAUCCCUGUCAAGUCUUCUCUCUCCGCUGAUCUACGCACAAUCGCUGCAAAACUCCUAGCCAAAAAUCCUCAAGAUAGACUCACCUGCAAUCAGGCUGUAUCCCUUCUCCAGUGCUUGCUCUGGGGCCCACCAUCUACGGUAUACACUGAUAAUGCAAACACAGCUGAGGCCCUUAACCAAGAAUUGGAAAGGUGGCUGGUGGCUGAGCAAGCAAAGAUGGUAACUAAAGUUGCCCUGUAUUCCUUGUUGGGGCGAGCAUCUUCUGAAAACAAGUCAGGACUUACUCUCUCAGACCAACUGCAGUGUCAGUAUCUAUCUGAUUCGACAGUGGAUACUUGCAAGGAGGCAAUGAGGAUGUUGCAUGGAAAAAAUGAGAGUGAAACAGUAAAUGUCAUUGAUUCUGACCUAGACUUGUAAAUUGUGACUCUAAAACUUCUAUAUAUUUCACCCUGUGCCUCCUUUAUCAACUGUCUUUGUUAUGUGGAAAUACAUACAACCAAAAUCUGAAUCUAUGAUCAUUUUGUUUCUAUUCGUUGAUAGAUAAUCACUCUGUGAUUCAGGACCAAGUGCUCAUUUAUUUGUUUAAUCCACCAAGAAAGCUUUCAGUGCCUUCAUAAUAUUCAUAUACCUAUGAAAAGGUAGUUUUUGUAAACAUUCAGUGCCAGUUUUUCAAUUCAACUUUCUUCAAUGACUUUCACACGUGAGAUAUGUGCCUCAGGUGAUUUAGAGAUAGCAAAUUAGUUAUUUGAAGCCAUUCAAUCUUUUUCUUCUGAUGACGAUAAUAAUUCCUGGCUUAACAUUUUCAGUUCCAUAGAAGUGGUUUCAUCUAACUGUACAUUGUCAAUCCAGAUAUAGAGAGAAAUCACAUGCAAUACAAUGUCUUUGCCAGGAUUAAGGAACUAAUCUUAAGACUUCCUUCAAGUUAGGUCCUUCUCUGUUCUAUGACAGUGACCUUAAACAAACUUUAAAUGUUAACAGUACUAUUUUGUAAGUAAUAUGCAAUCAAAGCAGGCAAUGCGAACGUUUUAAUCACAUUUUAAAGCAAAGGCUGAAAGAAGGGAGAUACAAUCAAGUUUUUUUUUGUUCAUACUUAAGCAUAAUUUUUGUUUUCUGCAAGUUUAAUUAUGUUUUAUGUUACCGAGUGCAGAAGAUAAAAAGUGACAGUUUGUGUCUUGCUUUGUGAGUUCUGUAUGUUUGCUUUGAAUUAUCAAUUACUUUUUGUUUGAUUUUUAUGCAAAAUUUCCUCUUUUUUUAUGCCUUACAAAUCAUUCACCACCCAAUCAUCCAUUUAAAAACAAGAAUGUGUAAGAUUUGCAAAACGUUUGUUAUGUAUAGCAAACUUUUACCAUCUGGACCCUUCAUCUGAAAAAUUUAUAAAAAACUAUAUAUUUGAUUAUGAUUUUUGUAUGAAGGUGCAAAAAAUAUCUGUAUAUCUUGUGCAAUUUUCAUCAUGUUAAUAUCCAGUGCCUCUUUGCAGGAGCCUACAAUUCUAUAGACCAAAUGUAUUUUUGUGUGUUUGUAUAUUUAGUUAUUGUACAGCAUAUGAUUCAGUUUAGUACACCCUAGAGCAUUUUCCUAUUGAAAUAGAUUUAUCAAUCUGUGUAAUGAUUAAUAAAAUAAGUGGACAGUAAAUGUUAUCUGGCAUUUAUUUUGCCAAUUAACGUCAUUUUGCAGGCAAUAAAGAUGUGCAGUUGAUAGCAGAAAUACUCUCAAUUUAGUUGGAUAUGUGCUAGUCGAUCUUGCUGAAGAUUAUAGGAUUUGUUCUUAGCCAUAGAAAUUCUUUCAUGGUCAAACACAUGUUUUGUCACUCUGAUGGAUAGAAUAGUCUUUAAAAAGAUAUCUAUGUCAAGUAUGUUUUUUAUUUAAAUAGAUUCCUCAAACUUGAUAUAGCGGCUGAAAAAUCUCAAACUCUCAUGGUUGAUUCUAUAUCAAUUAAACUCUAAAAAUGUGAUUAGAGUGACCUGGGUUAAUGUUCCACACUUCCUUUUAUGGAAUGUGUUCAUUGUAAGUAUGUUAUCAAGAAAAUUAUGGGAUCCCCCCAAUAUCUUACAAUAGAUUGAGUAUAUACUAGUUGGAUGCAAUUUUGAGUUUUCACUAAAUCAUCUUUUCUUGGACGCCUUUAUUGUUUAGCCAUAUAAUUACAAAAAUCUUGAUCCCUACCAGUUGUUUUCCCAGGUACAUGCACUUUUCAUCAGUAAUUUCAAAAAGACUAGUAGAUAAUUUAUGUGUCUUUUAUACAGCAUUUUUUCCUAAGUUAGUGGUUAUUAUGUCAAAAUUUUGUCCUAAAAGUAGCUAAAGAGUGUAGUUAUGCAGAUUAAGUUAUAGUUUUAAUCACCCCAAUUUUAAAACCAUAUAUAGCAUAAUCUUAUAUAUAUAUAUAUAUAUAUAUAUUUCAAAUAUCCUACUUGCCAAAUGAAAUAUCUUGCAUCACUUUUUCAGAUAUACAAUGUAUAAAUUGAUAGCUUUCAAAAUGUGCUCUUGUGGUUUGCUUUUUGACUUUAUGAUUUUAAAAGUUCUUUGGACAUCGCUGCAUAUGUUAUCAGGAUGUUAGUGUGGACAUCGCUGCAUAUGUUAUCAUGAUGUUAGUGUGUACUUAGAAGUGCUGUUGUGUCCUCACAUUGUUGCUAGCAAAAAGAUAUUUUUGUGUAUAUCUUGAUAUUUUUUACUUCAUUCCUGUCAUGAUGAAAUAAAGCUUUACAAAAUAAGACUUUCA